CCCGGAUGCCGUACUAAACCCGAACAGGAUGUGGCUUUGAAUUAUGUUACCAGUAUGUGUUAGCUAAGAACAACGACUUGUAAGCAUAAUAACAAAAAACAUAUUCCCCCAAGAAAAAAUAGCUUUUUUAUCAAAGUAGAGGAUCGUGGCGGGGAUGUGGCUACGUUAUGGGAAACGUUUUCGGGAGAAAGAGUCGCCCUUCUCGAGUUACAGAACAAGACCGAGCGAUUCUGCAACUGAAACAGCAGAGAGAUAAACUGAAGCACUACCAGAAGAGAGUCACCCUGCAGCUGGAGAAGGAGAGGAGUCUGGCCAAGCAGCUGCUGAAGGAUGGAAAGAAAGACAAGGCACUGGUUCUUCUCAAGAAGAAGCGUUAUCAGGAUCAACUGCUAGACAAGACGGAGAACCAGAUAUCAAACCUGGAACGCAUGGUUCAAGACAUUGAGUUUGUCCAGAUCGAGAUGAAAGUCAUUGAGGGGCUGAAGGUUGGAAAUGACUGUCUGAAGAGUAUGCAUGAGGCCAUGUCACUAGAGGACGUGGAGAGGAUCAUGGAUGAGACCCAGGAUGCUAUAGAAUACCAGAGGCAAAUAGAUGAGCUGCUCUCAGGCUCCCUGACUCAGGAGGAUGAGGAUGCUGUGCUAUCUGAGCUGGAGGCUAUCACUCAGGGAGAAGAUGUAGAACUUCCAGAGGUCCCCACUGAGCCUCUACCAGAGGUCCCAGAACCAGCUGAGACAGAGCCAGGUAACGAGAGAAGACCAGCAAGGAACAAGGAGAACAGAGAGAUGCUGGCAGCGUAGAGACAAGACUCAACAAUAACAACAGUAGCUGGAGUUAGUCCAACUGACUCAAAAUCAACAGUAGCUGUGGAUGGAGUUAGUCCAACUGACUCAAUUACAGUAGCAGCUGUGGAUGGAGUUAGUCCAACUGACUCAAUAACAGUAGCAGCUGUGGAUGGAGUUAGUCCAACUGACUCAAUAACAGUAGCAGCUGUGGAUGGAGUUAGUCCAACUGACUCAAUAUCAACAGUAGCAUCUGUGGAUGGAGUUAGUCCAACUGACUCAAUAACAGUAGCAGCUGUGGAUGGAGUUAGUCCAACUGACUCAAUAACAGUAGCAGCUGUGGAUGGAGUUAAUCCAACUGACUCAAUAUCAACAGUAGCAUCUGUGGAUGGAGUUAGUCCAACUGACUCAAUAUCAACAGUAGCUGUGGAUGGAGUUAGUCCAACUGACUCAAUUACAGUAGCAGCUGUGGAUGGAGUUAGUCCAACUGACUCAAUAACAGUAGCAGCUGUGGAUGGAGUUAGUCCAACUGACUCAACAACAGUAGCAGCUGUGGAGGGAGUUAGUCCAACUGACUCAACAACAACAACAGUAGCUGUGGAUGGAGUUAGUCCAACUGACUCAAUAACAACAGUAGCAGCUGUGGAUGUAGCUAGUCCAACUGAAUCAAUAACAGUAGCAGCUGUGGAUGGAGUUAGUCCAACUGACUCAACAACAUCAACAGCAGCUGUGGAUGGAGUUAGUCCAACUGACUCAACAUCAAUAACAGUAGCUGUGGAUGGAGUUAGUCCAACUGACUCAACAUCAAUAACAGUAGCUGUGGAUGGAGUUAAUCCAACUGACUCAACAACAACAAUAUCAACAGUAGCUGUGGAUGGAGUUAGUCCAACUGACUCAACAACAACAAUACCAACAGUAGCUGUGGAUGGAGCUAGUCCAACUGACUCAACAACAACAAUACCAACAGUAGCUGUGGAUGGAGCUAGUCCAACUGACUCAACAACAGUAGCAGCUGUGGAUGGAGUUAGUCCAACUGACUCAACAACAACAACAGUAGCAGCUGUGGAUGGAGUUAGUCCAACUGACUCAAUAACAGUAGCAGCUGUGGAUGGAGUUAGUCCAACUGACUCAAUAACAACAACAGUAGCUGUGGAUGGAGUUAGUCCAACUGACUCAAUAACAACAGUAGCAGCUGUGGAUGUAGCUAGUCCAACUGACUCAAUAACAGUAGCAGCUGUGGAUGGAGUUAGUCCAACUGACUCAACAACAUCAACAGUAGCUGUGGAUGGAGCUAGUCCAACUGACUCAACAACAACAGUAGCUGUGGAUGGAGUUAGUCCAACUGACUCAACAACAUCAACAGCAGCUGUGGAUGGAGUUUGUCCAACUGACUCAACAUCAAUAACAGUAGCUGUGGAUGGAGUUAGUCCAACUGACUCAACAUCAAUAACAGUAGCUGUGGAUGGAGUUAAUCCAACUGACUCAACAACAACAAUAUCAACAGAACAGUAGCUGUGGAUGGAGCUAGUCCAACUGACUCAACAACAACAGUAGCUGUGGAUGGAGUUAGUCCAACUGACUCAACAACAACAAUACCAACAGUAGCUGUGGAUGGAGCUAGUCCAACUGACUCAACAACAACAAUACCAACAGUAGCUGUGGAUGGAGCUAGUCCAACUGACUCUAUAACAGUAGCAGCUGUGGAUGGAUCUAGUCCAACUGACUCAACAACAACAAUACCAACAGUAGCUGUGGAUGGAGCUAGUCCAACUGACUCAACAACAACAAUACCAACAGUAGCUGUGGAUGGAGUUAGUCCAACUGACUCAACAACAGUAGCUGUGGAUGGAGUUAGUCCAACUGACUCAACAACAACAGUAGCAACAGUAGUUAUGGAUGGAGCUAGUCCAACUGACUCAAUAACAACAACAGUAGCAACAGUAGCUAUGGAUGGAGCUAGUCCAACUGACUCAACAACAUCAACAGUAGCUAUGGAUGGAGCUAGUCCAACUGACUCAAUAACAACAACAGUAGCAACAGUAGCUAUGGAUGGAGCUAGUCCAACUGACUCAAUAACACCAACAGUAGCAACAGUAGCUAUGGAUGGAGCUAGUCCAACUGACUCAAUAACAACACCAACAGUAGCUAUGGAUGGAGCUAGUCCAACUGACUCAAUAACAACAACAGUAGCAACAGUAGCUAUGGAUGGAGCUAGUCCAACUGACUCAAUAACAACACCAACAGUAGCUAUGGAUGGAGCUAGUCCAACUGACUCAAUAACAACACCAACAGUAGUUAUGGAUGGAGCUAGUCCAACUGACUCAAUAACAACAACAGUAGCAACAGUAGCUAUGGAUGGAGCUAGUCCAACUGACUCAACAACAUCAACAGUAGCUAUGGAUGGAGCUAGUCCAACUGACUCAAUAACAACAACAGUAGCAACAGUAGUUAUGGAUGGAGCUAGUCCAACUGACUCAAUAACAACAACAGUAGCAACAGUAGCUAUGGAUGGAGCUAGUCCAACUGACUCAACAACAUCAACAGUAGCUAUGGAUGGAGCUAGUCCAACUGACUCAAUAACAACAACAGUAGCAACAGUAGCUAUGGAUGGAGCUAGUCCAACUGACUCAAUAACACCAACAGUAGCAACAGUAGCUAUGGAUGGAGCUAGUCCAACUGACUCAAUAACAACACCAACAGUAGCUAUGGAUGGAGCUAGUCCAACUGACUCAAUAACAACAACAGUAGCAACAGUAGCUAUGGAUGGAGCUAGUCCAACUGACUCAAUAACAACAACAGUAGCAACAGUAGCUAUGGAUGGAGCUAGUCCAACUGACUCAAUAACAACACCAACAGUAGUUAUGGAUGGAGCUAGUCCAACUGACUCAAUAACAACAACAGUAGCAACAGUAGCUAUGGAUGGAGCUAGUCCAACUGACUCAACAACAUCAACAGUAGCUAUGGAUGGAGCUAGUCCAACUGACUCAAUAACAACAACAGUAGCAACAGUAGCUAUGGAUGGAGCUAGUCCAACUGACUCAAUAACACCAACAGUAGCAACAGUAGCUAUGGAUGGAGCUAGUCCAACUGACUCAAUAACAACAACAGUAGCAACAGUAGCUAUGGAUGGAGCUAGUCCAACUGACUCAAUAACAACAACAGUAGCAACAGUAGCUAUGGAUGGAGCUAGUCCAACUGACUCAAUAACAACAACAGUAGCAACAGUAGCUAUGGAUGGAGCUAGUCCAACUGACUCAAUAACAACACCAACAGUAGCUAUGGAUGGAGCUAGUCCAACGGACUCAAUAACAACACCAACAGUAGCUAUGGAUGGAGCUAGUCCAACGGACUCAAUAACAACACCAACAGUAGCUAUGGAUGGAGCUAGUCCAACGGACUCAAUAACAACACCAACAGUAGCUAUGGAUGGAGCUAGUCCAACUGACUCAAUAACAACACCAACAGUAGCUAUGGAUGGAGCUAGUCCAACUGACUCAAUAACAACAACAGUAGCAACAGUAGCUAUGGAUGGAGCUAGUCCAACUGACUCAAUAACAACACCAACAGUAGCUAUGGAUGGAGUUAGUCAUCAUGCUGGUCUCUCACUGCAUGGAGGAGCAGAAUCCAUCCAUCCAGACUCACUCUGCUGGUCUGUCCAGUCCCUGAUCCCUCUGUCUCAUAGAAUAGAGUGCAGGUACAGAAGUACACAUUCCUCUUCGUAAAAACUUUAUUGUCCCAACGCUGAACAAUUUGAUUUGUAGCAAAAACAGGAACAAAUGUGUACACACACAGAUGUGUACGAGCAGACACACACACACCCCGAGGACUAGGAGAACAUCUGUGCUGAAGUCUCCUCUGGUCCUCGAGGCCUAGGAGAACAUCUGUUCUGAAGUCUCCUCUGGUCCCCGAGGCCUAGGAGAACAUUGUGCUGAAGUCUCCUCUGGUCCCCGAGGCCUAGGAGAACAUCUGUGCUGAGGCCUAGAACAUCUGUGCUGAAGUCUCCUCGGGACACACUGUUUUUAAUGAUGAAUUAAACACUAAAGGGAAAAUGAUUGCCGUCUCUCAGUAUAUGGUUUGGAUUGUUUGGUAGCAUAUUGUCACUGUACAAAUGCCUUUAUAACUCACACGACUGAAAAAUGAAGUUAGACAUAACCGAAGAUAAUGUCAUUUUAAAACCAUUGUUUUCCAUAAUUAAAAGGCAGAGCUGUGGUUUACAGACAA